CAUCGCUCCUGCACAAAAACAUCACGAGUGGCUGCUGCAGCUGCGAUGCUACACAUUACCACCAUCUAUAUAUACAGCACAUGGUAGCUACUUGUAGCGACGGACAACACUGAGCCCCCACCUUUGUGUCUGCAGCACUUUUCCACUUCACAAGUUAAAGUUGUGAAACUUUUACAUUAGUUGUAACGUGCUCACAACUUGGAAGCCAUUUUUUCGUUGUUGAAGGCUGUGAGCGAGUGUUGCAAAGGCGAGUUUGAGGACUUUUAAAAACAGCAGUACCCCUCCACCCGCAGUAGCAGGAGCAGGAGCUAGCAUGUCGACCGCCGCCGCAAAAGAAGUGAAAAGCUGCCCCAUCCCGACCAAGGUGCUCACCCUGAAGGACUGGUCCCAGCUACCCGACUGUUACAGCCAGACCCCCGGGGGAACCCUCUUCUCCACCACGCCUGGAGGUACCCGCAUCAUCUAUGACAGGAAGUUCCUGUUGGAUUGUCGAAACUCCCCUAUCGCCCGGACCCCCCCAUGCUGUCUGCCCCAGAUCCCAGGGGUAACAGUACCUGCUACACACCCCAUAGGCAAAUUGCAGGAUCUCAAAGAAGAGGUAGAGGAGGAAGAGAAAGACAUGGCAGAUGACAACCAGUUUGAGAUGGACAUCUGAGCUCCAGUACUACCUCCUGUGGAGAGUUAUUAGUUAAAACACCUCCAAGGUCAUUACUGACUGUAAUGCAUUGCAUAUUAAAGCUUUUUUUCACCUUUUUUUUAAAUAAAAAGCUUUUUGUGAGGAACCAAAAAGAAUGGAAAAGUUAAACUAUAGGAUGUUUUUGAUCCUAAAAAAAAGUAUGUUAAGCAAAGACAUGGUGUUAUGGGUUGAUUUGGUUGCUCACUCACUUCAGAGCUGCAGCAGGAUUUGAAAAAAAUCUGUUUUGAUUUAGCUUUUUUUUUAUCUUUUGUAAAUAAGAAAAUUGUACUAUGUAGCCUAUUUUUAAGUUGGGGAAUAUGAGAUGAUUACAUUACGACAUGUAGAAAUUUUUACUGCAGGCAUCAGUUAUGUUUUGUUGUAUUUCCCCAGAAAUAAGGACAGCUUACUUUCUGUGAUAGGCAAACACGCGUCUCCUAAUAACUGGGGCCGUGCCUACUGAAAAUCAGCUCUUACUGUUUUGUAUGGAAAUGUGAAUAAUUUCAAAUAAAGGCUGUUCCAACAGUCGGCAA